UACGUCUCUCCCCCAGCAUCAUUUCGUUUUUGUUCGAACCCCAAAAACCUGGCUUGAGGCUCAGAGCUACUGCAGGAGCAAGUGUGUGGACCUGGCCACCAUGGACGACCUGGGAGAGAUGAGCACGGCGCUGACAGCUGUCGAGGGACAAUACGAUGACGCCGUGUGGAUAGGGCUCAGUAAAGGAAACCUGAUGAAGUGGCACUGGUCCCUGUCGGACAAAGAUUUCUACAAGGAAGGAGAAAGGGAUUAUUUGCAAUGGGGCAGCAAUCAACCAUACAACUGUGGUUCUCAAAAAUAUGGGAAAUUAUAUCGAAUGCACUGUAACACUCUGCUGUACGCGGUAUGCUUUGAUGGAGAAAAACCUGUGGGAGAACAACACGUUCUCUCGACAAUGAAGAUGACUUGGACAGUUGCUCGAGAUUAUUGCAGGAGGCAACACACAGAUCUGGCAAGUGUGAGGAACGGGGAGGAGAGCCAGAGGAUCCAGGAGCUGGUCGCUGGCUUAACUGUGUGGAUCGGCCUCUUCAGAGACCCAUGGGUGUGGUCGGACAAGACCUACUCCUCGUUGAGAUUCUGGAACGCAGACGAAAUCGUUCAGACAUCUCAAAAAAGAACAUGUGUUGCUUUGUUAAAAAGCAAAUCUGGUCGAUGGGGACCACGGUCAUGUGACAAAACACUGCCAUUCCUCUGCAACUGUGAGGAAACUGCAUUUUACAUUAUUUGUGCUUUGGUUUAA